AUGUGUUUUGUUGGACAUACCCUGGCGGUAUGUGAACGUGGACGUGGAAGUGGACGUGGACCUGGACGUGGACGUGGACGUGGACGUGGACGUGGACGUGGACCUGGACGUGGACCUGGACGUGGACCUGGACGUGGACCUGGACGUGGACGUGGACCUGGACGUGGACGUGGACCUGGACGUGGACCUGGACGUGGACCUGGACGUGGACCCGAUUGGAUGCCUAAUGUAUGGUGCUGGAUGGGGCCUGAAGCCGAUUGGGUGCCUAAUGUACGAUGCUGGAUGGGGCCUGAAGCCGAUUGGGUGCCUAAUGUACGAUGCUGGAUGGGACCUGAAGCCGUGGCGGCAGUGCAGGUAGCGGUUGUUCUGCUCCUGAAAACUCCCCAUGUGCGCUGUUGUGGCUUACUAGCGCACUAA